AUGGAUGGCUCACUAAAUCGGCCUACCGGACGGUGUAAUACUUAUUCUAUUUCACUCAGCGUGGCCCUCUGUCCUGGAGGAUUCUACAUUCACAAACCAGCAAGUCACCCAUACCCCUAUUUGGUUUAUGCAACCUAUCAUCAUACGUGUGAACCAGACUCCUGUGGACCACUUGCUGAAUGCUCGAGUACUGGAGGCUGCACAUGUGUCUCUGGGUAUGAAAUCCCCCCAGAUCACCUACCCACUCCAGAUUCAUAUGGUUGUGUUGACAUCGAUGAGUGCCAGAAAAAUGCAGAAAUUUGUGGUCCUGACUCCAAAUGUAACAACACCAUUGGAUCACACUUCUGUACCUGUCUGGAUGGAUUCAAUGCAACAGAUCCAGCAUUACCACCUGGAGGCUCCAACCCAUGCAUAGAUAUUGACGAGUGUCUUGAAAAUGUCUGUGGAGAUGAUGGGACUUGUCACAACAAUCCAGGAAGUUAUAAGUGUGAAUGCCAUGACGGCUACCACGUUGUGCCUGAAGCAACUCCUGUUUGCCAAGAUAUCGACGAGUGUUUCAACUCCACCGUCUGUGGGCCUGACUCUGACUGCACCAACACACCUGGAGCACACACCUGUGCAUGUCAACUGGGGUACGCGCCAACUCUACCAGACCAGGAGCCCAGCGAAGAAAACAUCUGUAUUGAUGUUGAUGAGUGUGUCGAAAAUGCCGCCAUCUGUGGUCCUGAUGCUAACUGCACAAACUCAAUCGGCUCUUACAUCUGCACCUGCUUCCCUGGUUAUCGGCUGAACAACCCAAACGUGAUAGCCAGCGUUGCUAACCCAUGCACAGAUAUAGACGAGUGCAGUGAGACACCUGGUAUAUGUGGUCUUCAGGACAUUUUAGACGAGAUUCAACCCCCAGAGACAGUGACCAACAGCUUCUCAGCAUCUAUGGAAGUGUCAGGCGUUGGACCGCGUGUCAGGUCAAGCAAGGUGAGUAGUGAAGGAGACGGGGAGGUAGGCAGUGUGAUCCUGGGCAUCUCAGACCGUUUAGCAUCUGCAAUAGUAGAGCCAGGUCGGAACAACACCAAGAGAACUGUCAAGAGUCCAACAGUGGAUCUAAGUCUCGAAACUAUCGGACCUGGAAGUGACAGUGCAGAGAGCUCUUCUCUGUCAGCCAAUGGAAACACCAUGGAGAUCAACCUGAACAGUUUGGCCAAAAAUAACAAUGGUUCUGCAGCAGCUGUCUUCUUGACACUAACUGGGAUGGAGAGUCUUCUUAGUCAUCAAUACUUUGAAACAGAAAACCAGACAGAGAUGUACUCAGAUGUUAUCACUGCAGUCUUGCCCUCGAUGAACCAUACCAACCUCACCGAGCCCGUCAACUUUACCAUCCAUCACAAGAAGACGGUACCUGAGUCUGGUUUGGUGACCUGUGUGUAUUGGGAGGACAAAACAGAGGAGGCAGGAAUUGGAGAAGAAAGUGAAACAGGAACAGAAAAGAAGAGGACAAUGCGCUGGUCGGUGGAGGGCUGUUGGGUUGCAUACACCAAUGAAAACUACACAGUGUGCAGCUGCUCCCAUCUAUCCACAUUCGCCCUCAUCAUGCAGAUUGGAGAGCCUCCACCAGAGGAUCCCUUCCUGGAGUGGCUAAACCGAAUGUGUGUGAUUGUGGGACUAUUCUUCUUUGGUUUGGCCAUCUUCACCUUCCUCCUGUGUAGCUGGAACCCCAAGAUCAACAACACAGCCCGUCUUCACCUCUGCCUCAACCUCUUCUUCUCCCAUCUGCUGCUGCUGUGGAACGACGAAUAUGUUGAACAAGAGCUAGCCUGCACCGUCAUGGCGGGGCUUCUCCACUUCUUAGUUAUAGCAGGCUUUGUGUGGAUGCUGCUGGAGGCGUUUCAGCUCCACCUGUUGGUCCGGAGGCUCACUAAGGUGCAGGUCAUCCAGAGAGAUGGCCUCCCCAGGCUAGUUCUCUACCUGAUUGGCUAUGGUGUUCCAUUUGUGAUUGUGGGUGUUUCUGCACUGGUAUAUUCUGAUGGAUAUGGUGCUACUGAGGCAGAGGUGUUGAUUUUGUUCAAGAUAGUGGCCCAGUUUGUCAUAUUGGGCUGCACCUGGAUCCUGGGCCUGUACCAGUCAAACCUUUUCUUCCAGGUCCUCUUUAUAAUUCUUAAUUCCCAGCAGGGCACCUUCCUCUUCAUCGUCCACUGUCUGCUCAACAAGGAGGUGUGUGCUCCGGGUUUCCUCAUCAUCCCUGAAGGGACUGCAUAUGGUUAUGUGUAUGGCUGUACUAGCACAAGUAUUUCAGUGAGUGUGGCUCUGUGUCCUGGAGGAUUCUACGUGUAUGAACCAUCAGGACAUCCAUAUUCUACUACGGGUUACGUGACCUAUCAUUAUAAGUGUGAACCAGACUCCUGUGGACCACUCGCUGAGUGCUCAAGUGAGGGAGGUUGCACCUGUGUUUCUGGGUAUGAAAUCCCUCCAACACACCUACCCACUCCAGAUUCAUAUGGUUGUGUUGACAUUGAUGAGUGCCAGAGGAAUUCAAAACUUUGCGGCACUAACAGCAAAUGUAACAACACCAUUGGAGCACACUUUUGUACCUGUCUGGAUGGAUUCAACGCAACAGAUCCAGCAUUACCACCUGGAGGCUCCAACCCAUGCAUAGAUAUUGAUGAAUGUCUUGACGAUGUCUGUGGGGAUGAUGGGACCUGUCACAACAACCCAGGAAGUUUUGUAUGUGAAUGCCAUGAUGGCUACCACCUUGUGCCUGAAGCAACCCCAGUUGGUCAAGAUAUCGAUGAGUGUUUCAACUCAACUGUCUGUGGCCCUGACUCUAUUUGCACCAACACGCCUGGAGCUCAUACCUGUGAAUGUCAACUGGGGUUCACACCAACUCAACCAGAUGCAGAUGUCAGUGAGUCCAACAUCUGUAUUGAUGUUGAUGAGUGUGUCGAAGAUGCUACUGUCUGUGGACCAAAUUCCAAUUGCACAAAUUCAAUUGGAUCUUACAUCUGCACCUGCUUCCCCGGCUUUCGGCUGGACAACCCAGAUGUAAUAGCCAGCAUUUCUAACCCAUGCACAGAUAUAGAUGAGUGCAGCGAGACACCUGAUAUAUGUGGUGAACUAACAGUGUGUACUAAUGUACCGGGGACCUUCUAUUGUUCUUGUCCUGAUGGAUUCUACCCUUCAACUGGAAUCCUGUGGGAGAUGGGGGUUUCAUUUUGUCAAAGUCUUUCAGAUAUCCUAGAUGCAAUUGAGCCUCCAAAGGGUCAGACAAAAGAAAGAGCUUUCCUUGGCAAUAUGGAUCAACAGCUCAAGAACAACACAGGUGUCACCUUACCAGAUGCGACAGUGGCAAACAGCCUUUCUGCAUCCAUGGAAGUGUCAGGCGUUGGACCACGUGUCAGGUUGAGCAGGGUGAGUAGUGAAGGAGACGGGGAGACCGGCAGUGUGAUCCUGGGAAUCACAGACCUUCUAGUUUCUACAAUAGUGCCACGAACUCAGAACAAAACCAGCAAAGCGAUGCAAACUCCAACAGUGGAUUUGAGCCUCGAAGUCAUUGGCCCAGGGAGUCAUGAUGACAACAAUGCCCCUCUUUCUGCCAAAGGACAGACCAUGGAGAUCAACUUGCAGGCUCUUGCCAGCGCCAACAAUGGUUCUGCUGCAGCUGCCUUCAUGACACUGAGUGGGAUGGAGACUCUUCUUAGUCAUCAAUACUUUAAAACGGAGAACAAGACAGAGAUGUACUCGGAUGUUUUUACCGCAAUCUUACCGUCCAUAAACACCACCAACCUCACUGAGCCCGUCAACUUUACCAUCCAACAUAAGAAGAAAGUACCUGAAUCUGGAAUUGUGACUUGUGUGUUCUGGGAGGACAAAAGCAAGAACGAAGAAGAGGGACAAGAGGACGAUGGCGAAAAAGAGGAAGAGACGAUGGGUUGGUCAGUGGAGGGCUGCUGGGUUGCAUACUCUGAUGAAAACUACACAGUGUGCAGCUGCUCCCACCUUUCUACCUUUGCCCUCAUCAUGCAGAUUGGGGAGCCUCCACCAGAGGAUCCCUUCCUGGAGUGGCUAAACCGAAUGUGUGUGAUUGUUGGACUAUUCUUCUUUGGUUUGGCCAUCUUCACCUUCCUCCUGUGUAGCUGGAACCCCAAGAUCAACAACACAGCCCGUCUUCACCUUUGCCUCAACCUCUUCUUCUCCCAUCUGCUGCUGCUGUGGAACGACAAAUAUGUUGAACAAGAGCUAGCCUGCACCGUCAUGGCGGGGCUUCUUCACUUCUUAGUUAUAGCAGGUUUUGUGUGGAUGCUGCUGGAGGCACUACAGCUCCACCUGUUGGUCCGGAGGCUCACUAAGGUGCAGGUCAUCCAGAGAGAUGGCCUCCCCAGGCUAGUUCUCUACCUGAUUGGCUACGGCGUUCCAUUUGUGAUUGUGGGUGUUUCUGCACUGGUAUAUUCUGAUGGAUAUGGUGCUACUGAGGCAGAGGUGUGCUGGCUCUCAAGACAGAGCCAUUUCAACUGGGCUUUAACAGGCCCUGUGAUUGCUAUCCUUGCUCUGAAUUGGAUAUUGUUCUGUGCUACUCUAUGGAGUCUGAGACCCACCCUGGCCAACAUGAAAAGUGAUGUUUCUCAAUCCAAAGACACCAGGUUGAUCUUGUUCAAGAUUGUGGCCCAGUUUGUCAUACUGGGCUGUACCUGGAUUCUGGGCCUGUACCAGACAAACCUUUUCUUUCAGGUCCUCUUCAUUCUCCUCAACUCCCAACAGGGCACCUUCCUCUUCAUCGUCCACUGUCUGCUCAACAAGGAGGUGCGAGAGGAGUACAUAAGAUGGCUGACGUGCUCUUGUGGAAAGGACAGAUCUGUGAAAGAUGCACCUUCAAUCUCUGAGGAUUUGGACAAACCCGAGGGACAGACAGAUGAGGAAAACAAGGCUAAAUCCAGAUGA